AUGAACGGCCUAUAUCGUAGAACGGGCUGCCUCGGCAAGGUGCCAUGGUGGAAAGAUGCUACUUUCUACCAGGUUUACCCGGCAAGCUUCAAGGAUUCCAACGCGGAUGGUUGGGGCGAUAUUCCAGGUGUCAUCUCCAAGAUUGACUACCUGCACGAACUCGGCGUUGACGUGAUCUGGCUCUCGCCGGUCUUCGAGAGCCCGCAAGCCGACAUGGGGUACGACGUGUCCGACUACCAAAAGAUCUACGCACCAUACGGCACCGUCAGAGAUGUGGAUGCGCUUAUGGAAGCCUGCCAUGCUCGUGGCAUGAAGCUGAUUCUGGACCUGGUGGUGAAUCAUACCUCCAUCGAGCACGAGUGGUUUAAGGAGUCUCGUUCGUCCAAGGUCAACCUCAAGCGAGACUGGUACAUCUGGAAGCCGGCGCGAUACGAUGCAGCCGGGCAGAGAAUUCCCCCGACAAACUGGCAGGGGUAUUUUGCUGGCCCGACGUGGACGUGGGACGAACAUACACAGGAAUACUACCUGCACCUGUAUGCUCCAGAACAGCCCGACCUCAACUGGGAAUCCGAGGCGUGCCGCGAAGCCAUUUACCGCAACACGAUGCGGUUCUGGCUCGAACGGGGGAUCGACGGUUUCAGGAUCGACACUGUAAACAAAUACAGUAAAAAUACCGCGUACGCGGACGUGCCGAUUACGGUCCCCGGCUCUCCUUACCAGCCGGCUCCGGAGAUGUGGUGUAACGGACCGCGGAUCCACGAAUUUAUUCACGAGAUGCGGUCCAAGGUCCUCGACCCCUACGGCGCCGUGUCGGUUGGCGAGCUAUCGAAUACACCGCAUCCGAGCCAAGUUUUGCCGUACGUAUCAGCGGCAGCAGAGGAGCUCGAUAUGGUGUUUGAAUUCUCCGUGAUUCGUUUAGGUACGGGCGGCCUAUUCGGAUCAAAGUACACGUAUGUGCCUUUCACCUUGCCGGAACUCAAGGCCACCGUGUCGAGAUGGCAGACCUUCAUCGAAGGCACGGACGGCUGGACAACCGUCUUCUGCGAGAAUCACGAUAAUGGGCGAGCAGUGAGCCGGUUUGGAGACUGUUCGACGCCAGAAUUGUGGCAGGCCAGCGCGAAGGCGCUAGCGCUCUGGCAGGCUACGUCGACGGGGACGCUCUUUCUAUAUCAGGGCCAGGAGAUCGGCAUGACGAACAUGCCGGCAACGUGGGGGAUCGACGAGUACAGAGACGUGGAAGGGCUGAAUUACUACGCGGAAGCUCUGGCGUCCGGGGACCGGAAGAGGGAAACAGACACGAUGGAUGGUUUGCGCAUCCUCGCCCGAGACCACUCGCGUACUCCCUUUCAGUGGGAUGAUUCCGCCAAUGCGGGGUUCACAGGCGAAGGCGUAAACCCAUGGAUGCGUGUCCACGACAACCACAAGGCGAUUAACGCCGCAAGGCAGGCGGGGGAUCCGAACUCCAUCCUAAGCUUCUACAAGCGUAUCCUACGGCUGCGAAAGCAAUACAAAGACUUGUUCGUCUUUGGGACGUUUCGACUGCUGGAAGCCGAUGACGAGGCCAUUUUCGCGUACGUGAAAGAAAGCUGCACAGGAAGCGGAGGCGGCCCCAACCAGGUGGAUGGCCGUGACAAUGCCAUAAACGGUAGAGGGUUGAAAAGGGUGGCGGUGGUAGUGAUGAACUUUUCCCAGCAGGACCGGGACUGUCCGGAUAUUAGAAGGUCGCUCGACGGCAGUGCUGAUGGUGUUGCUUCUGCUCCUCGACCGCCCGAACUUGUGCCCUCCGAGCCGGCAAGCACCGGAUCCUUAAUUGACGUCGAUACUCCAUCGGUGCGGACGGUGCCAUCUGACUUCUCAGAGCAAGACAUCCAGACCGAAACCCAAGCCACCCGCCGCGAGCUUGAGGGCGCUGCCGAACGUGCCCGGGCCGAGGCACAUCUGGCUAAAAAGAAGGGCACGGGAAGGGUACGCAGGGCGGACAGCGCCGCCGCAAAGUGGUUUAGUGAACUAGGCAACACCGCUACCACGGCAUUGGUGGUUGCGAACCUAACUGCCGUUGUUGGACUGAGCGGGUACGUAGGCUACAAGGCGUGGGGCCUAUACGAGCGUGGACGCGUGGGCUGGUCCAAUAUAUCUCUACAGGGGAAAGAAAAAGCAGCCGUAGGCAGGGCCGGUGUUGAUAUCACUCUCGAUCCGAUAAAUAGGCCGGACAUGUUCUAA